UCUGCCCGAGGUUCUGGUCUAAUUUCCCUGCAGGAUUCAGAUCUCAGCCACACCGGAGUCAGACCAGUCACUGCGGGCUCUGGCAGGGGCUGGGGCGGGAGCACAGAUGGGCCAAUGGGAUUAGUCUCUGCCUGCCUGUCCCUGGGCGCUGCCGGGGGAGUCCAGGGCAGCUCAUUCUUCAGGUGAUGCCACCAGAGGGCUGCAGCCAUUGCUAAGGGAGAGGGGUUUAUACUGCAAUGGGGGGAAAUCUCCCAAAGUGGCCCUUUUGGUUCUUCCCUUUUUUUAGAAUUUGGCUCAGAGAUGCUGUUACUGGGAGGGUCUGAAGAGUCUGGGGGGAAUUGGGGUGUGACAUGGACAGAAGCCCCUUCUGUAACCUCCCUCUCGCCCCGACAGGCUGAGGAAUCAGGUCCACGUUUCACUAAAGAUCGGCCAGUCUUCCAGGGGACAGAGAAGGGAAAUGGCUGUGAUGGAGCCAGCUCAGAUGCCGGUGACCUUCGAGGAGGUGGCUGUGUAUUUCACCCAGGGGCAGGGGGCUCUGCUGGACCCCGCUCAGAGAGCCCUCUACAGGGACGUCAUGCAGGAGAACUACAAGACGGUGACCUCGCUGGGAUUUCCCAUUUCCAAACCUAAGCUGAUCGCCCGGCUGGAGCAAGGGGACGAGCCAUGGGUGCCCGAUCUCCAGGCCUGCGAGGAAGGAAGGCUUCUGAGAUGCACCCGCACAGGCUGAGGAAUCAGGUCCACGUUUCACUAAAGAUCGGCCAGUCUUCCAGGGGACAGAGAAGGGAAAUGGCUGUGUUGGAGCCAGCUCAGAUGCCGGUGACCUUCGAGGAGGUGGCUAUUUAUUUCACCC